AAAUUUGACUGGAAACACUCCCGCCAUGCUAUCGACGCCGCCACCACCGAGUCUGUCAACAGAAGUCGCCGAGACUCCAGUGGGCGAUGAUUCGGUGGCGGCUCCCCAGAAAGAGGUAGAGGCUGGGCCUGGUGCUCACGUUGAAGCAGAUGUGCAGCAACCCGCAUCCCCUUCCCUUGACCUCACCCCUGGUCCCAACCUGUAUCCCAGCGUGCACGUCACUCAGAACCCUCCGGCCUCCACAGCUGACGGCCCUGUGGCGCCCCCUGUGUCGCCCCCUGCGACGCACCCUGUGUCGCCCCCUGCGACGCCCCCUGUGUCGCCCCCUGCGACGCCCCCUGCGACGCCCCCUGCGACGCCCCCUGCGGCACCCCCCUGUGGCGUCCCCUGUGGCGCACCCUGCGGCGCCCCCUGCGGCGCCCCCUGCGGCGCCCCCUGCGGCGCCCCCUGCGGCGCCCCCUGCGGCGCCCCCUGCGGCGUCCCCUGUGGCGCCCCCUGCGCCGCCUGGGGAAGCGAAACCACAGCAAGCCCCCAAGAGUCCUCCCCCGCCCGUGUCCCCCAAGCCUCAAAGUCCCAUCAAAGUACAGCCUCUGUCCUGGACCCCACCUCUCCAGGUGGGGCAUCCCAGCCCAACGGUUCCCUGGCCCAGCCCCACGGUGCCGAUCAUCCAAGAACAUUCACCCGGCCUACCACCGCCGUGCACCCCCCCUCCAGGGGCCGCGCAUCACAGCCCCACGGUUCCCCGCCCCAGCCCCACGGUGCCGAUCAUCCAAGAACUUGCGCCCGGCCUACCACCGGCGUGCACCCCCCCUCCAGGGGCCGGGCACCACAGCCCCACGGUUCCCCGCCCCAGCCCCAUGGUGCCGAUCAUCCAAGAACUUGCACCCGGCCUACCUCUGCCCUGCACCCCCCCUCCAGGGGCCAGGCACCCCAGCCCCACGGUGUCGCACCCCAGCCCCACGGUACCACUCAUCCAAGAGCCGGCACCCAACUUCCCCCCGCCGGGUGCCCAACGGCCGGCCCCCGACACUCUCAGCUACCUGGAGUCUGCCAGCCUGAUGUCAGGGACACUGGAAUCGCUGUCGGGCCUCGGGGACGACGGCAGUUCGCUGGGCUCUGACUCUGAGAUCAAUGGCUUGGCAGUUAGGCGCACUGACAAGUACGGGUUCCUGGGUGGCAACCAGUUCUGCGAAGGGAGUGACAGGGAUGUGCGAGUGGAGGUGUCCCGGCAGAGGGAGAUGAAAUGGCUGGACAUGUUCAACAACUGGGACAAGUGGAUCAAACAUCGGUUCCAGAAGGUAAAGCUGCGCUGCCGGAAAGGGAUCCCUUCGUCACUCCGCUCUAGAGCCUGGCAACUGCUGUCCAACUGCCAGGAGCUGCUGGAUGCCAACCCUGGAAAAUUUGAGGAGCUGGAGAGAGAGCCGGGGGAGGCCAAGUGGUUGGACAUCAUUGAGAAGGAUCUUCACAGACAGUUCCCCUUCCAUGAAAUGUUUGCUGCACGCGGCGGCCAUGGACAACAAGAUCUGUACCGCAUCUUGAAAGCCUACACCAUCUACCGGCCUGACGAGGGCUACUGUCAGGCGCAGGCUCCCGUGGCCGCCGUGCUCCUCAUGCACAUGCCCGCUGAGCAAGCCUUCUGGUGCCUGGUGCAGAUAUGUGAGAAGUAUCUCCCGGGUUACUACAGCGCCGGGCUGGAAGCCAUUCAACUGGAUGGCGAGAUCUUCUUCUCACUGCUGCGCCGCACGUGUCCCAUGGCUUACAGACAUCUGAAGAAGUUCAAAAUCGACCCCAUCCUCUACAUGACCGAGUGGUUCAUGUGCAUCUUCUCACGCACGCUGCCCUGGGCCUGCGUGCUGCGCGUAUGGGACAUGUUUUUCUGUGAAGGCGUGAAGAUCGUAUUUCGCGUGGGACUGGUGUUGCUCAAGCAGAUGCUGGGCUCAGUGGAAAAACUGCGGGAGGUGCAGGGCAUGUACGAGACUAUGGAGCGGCUCAGGGGCAUCUCACCAGACACCAUCAGGGAGGACAGCUUGGUCCAGGAGGUGAUCCUUCUCCAGGUGACGGAGGCGCUGAUCGAACGUGAGUGCCACGUCCAGGUGAGGAAGUGGCGUGAGUCCCGAGGGGAGCUGACUCACCAGCCGGGCCGCCGCCUGCACGGCACCCGAGCCAUCUUCGAGCACAAGCGCCGCGCCGCUGCCAUCAGCUCGGGCGGCAGCUUCUCCUUCCUGGCCAGCUCCAUCCCACCGCCGGGACCCCUGCGAGCUUCGUCCUCUCUUCUCUCGCUCCCAGGCUUCCGCAAGUCCAGGACGCCGUUCCACUCGCACGCCAAGAAGAGCUCCUUCUCGGGGCCCUCCUUUUCCGAGGGGGCGCGGCCUCAGUCUCCCCCAGUCGCCGCCAGCCAGAAGCCGCCCAUUCCUCCUGGGGCGGCACAGAGGGUGCCGCAAGUCCAGAGCCCCCUCGUGGGUGCCGGUCCACGAGGUGGGCAUCUCACACCGACACCCAACGCUUUAUCCCCCUCCCCGAGGAUCGUCUCGGAGCAGAUCACUCCUGCCAUCCCCUCGCCCACCGCCAACAACACCAUGCUGAUGCCGGGCACCGACGCCGCCGUGAAAGGAGAGACAGAGUCCCCGCCGGCAACGCCGCCACCCCGUGUGGAGGACGACGGACGCAAGAAGAAGAAGAGCAAGGACGACAAGAGGAAGGAGCGCGAGGAUGAAAAGAAGAGGCUGAAGGAGAAGAAGGAGAAAGACAAGGCAGAGAAGGAGAGACUCAAGAAGGAGAAAGAGCGUCUGGACAAUGAGAAGAAGAAGAAGGCGGGAAAGAAGAAGGACAAAGGGGUGGCGGCACCGGGGUCGGACCACGAAAAAAAUGGGGAGGCUGCUGUGGCCAGAGGUUCCACCUCGUUGGAGCAUGAAAAGAAAAAGAAGGCUGAGUAAGAAAAAAAAAAAAAAGGAAGGAUCAAAAAAUUGUUAGCGUACUUCCAUAAUUGCCCAAGUCGUUUUUUGUUUUUGGAAAACAAGUUAAAAAUGCAAUAAAUUCAACAAACAAGUAUAGUCUAGUUGUCUCGAUUCAACCUUUGACCCGGAUGACUGAGAAUCUACACAAGCAAGCACAUUAUUUUUUUCAUUGAUAUUGUGACAGUAAAUAAAAAAUGACUUAGGCAAUUAUGCUCUUAAGCGAAAGAAAUGGGACUUCCUGGAUGGGGGCGCCGUCUGUCUUUUAAACAAACGAGGAUGUGAUCUCACAUUCACAACAGGGCGCCACUUUUUUUUUUUUUAACAUUAUUUUAACCAUGAAAAACCACAGAAGAUGUAAAUAUUUAUAAUAAGAAUUAAAACCCCGCCUCCAAAGACUUUUAAUUGGAUGGUGAGCAUCAUACCGAGUCGCCUCCAGGAAAACUUCCGGAACCCUGAAGCCGGAAUGUUUCAGGGCAUACCCGAGCUAUUUAUUGGAUGUUGUGGCGCUACGCUACUAAGGCGUGCGCGCCCCCCCUGCUGGUGACAGAGAGUGUUCCAACCAUGUGGUGGUGCUUUUUGUGUUAUUUUUAGUUAACAAAAACAAAUGAGUGGGACUUUUCAAAAAGGCAGUCUAAUAGUUUUUAGUUUAGGCCUAAAUGCUGCCACCUGAAGUGUAUGUUUAAUCAGUAAAUUAAUUAAACGGCAAUGUUGGAUGUGCACCAAGGAGGAUUAGGGACACGUGAAAUAGAAAGAUAAUGUACUAUGAGAAUAAAGUCGUAUUUUCUUCUAGUUGAAAAUCCACAAUAUUACGAGUGUGUCAUUUUUUGAGAUAAGCCAAUAUAUAACGAGGAAUUGAUCAACACUACUUGCGAUUUUUGGUUUGUUCUUUUAGGGGUCGCCACAGCAAGUCACUCAAAUGAUUAGUUUGGCACAGUUUUUACACAGAUGCGCUUCCUGACACAAUUAACCCUCUCAUUUAGUAUUCAGGCAUGGGACUGUCAGUGGCUCGGAAUCGAACCCGCGCCAUCUGCAUGAAAGGAAGCAGGAUCUGCCGCUACUUUACCAGUGUCCUUUGCUAUAUAUGACUAUUCUCGAAAAAUAUAACUUUAGUCUUGUGAGAUAAAUACUUUUUUUUUCUCCAAAACGUAUAUUUUUCUUGAAAAAAAAAUACAACUUUAUUCUCAUGAAACGUUUUUUCCCUCCUUUAUAGAAAUUAGACCAAUGAGUAUUACUUUAAAAAAAACAACAACUAAUAUGCAUUUUAUUUAUCCAAAUGUCAGAAUGUGACCUGAAGACAAUGAAGGAUGAUCUUUGCACGUCUCGUUGUAAAAACAAACAAACAAAAAACAUUUCUUGUCGGGCUUGUUACCGGGCAAGUUUCCCAGUUCUUUUUAUUUUUAUUUUUAUUUUUAAGAAGCCACUUGAGUGUGAGGUGCCCGGUGUGCCCAUGUAGCAUUAACCUCUCACCUUUUGAUGUAUUUAUGUACAGAGUGGUUAAUUUAAUCAAAUAUAGUAUAUAAUGAUGAGUAAUAAUAUUGUUGUUAUUUUUCUAUGAGAGUUAUCAGACGCCUGGUUGACUGGAACGCCGUCGCACGUCGUCGUCAUUAUUCCACAUCGUGUUCUGGAACGUUUUGGGUGUGGAAGCUCUUAACUUCCUGUUUCCUGUGAUGUAACUGUGGAGCGUUGACUUGUUGCCAUGACAACGGCCCAUCAGUGCAGUGCGAGCAACACUGACUCCUUUUUCGUCGUAGUCCUCUUGUUGUUGUUGUUGUUGUCGUCGUCGUUGUGAAGGGUUUUUGUGCACCCAAAAUGUCCUCCCAUGCCAACACACUCCUAAACACACACACAUACGUGUAGCGUUACCCUGAACGCUUCUAUGCAAACGAUAACUGGCGCAAUACGUCACUGUGGUUACCAGGUGCGGACACAAAGAAAGUAGUGGAUUUCUGUUGGGUCCUUUGUCCAUUUCUUGUCUGGAAAAUGUUAAAUCGAUGCAAAGAUUUACAAGGCUCUUGUCUUUUUUAUUUUUUAUUUUUAUUUUAUUUUAUUUUUUUUAUAUAUUGUGUGUUUUUGAGUUUACAAGCCACUCUCUGGUGAAAGUGAAUUAAUUGAUGAUAGUCUAGUUAAUUGAAUUCAUUCCCUCACAUCGACAAGUGAUGUAUUUAAUUGAUUAAUGAUGAUGACAUUUGUGAUGAGUAAUAAACCAUAAUAAUAUAUUGAAUUA